AUGGCGGACGGAUUGAACCAAGCUCGUGCUAUGCGAGUCGCUGAAAUCAUCAACGACUACCGCACCCUCCUGUUGCACAUCUCGCAACAGCGCAUGGAGGUGUGCUCUGGAGAAUAUAACGAAGAAGGCUACGUGGUACUCCGAGAGUCCCUAGCCUCCGCGCAAGCCUUGACAUCUGCCAACUACCAGCCCUGUCCGGUUACAGGGCAAGGCAAUGCCGAAACCGAGAAAGCCGAGCUUCAAAGGUAUCCAGAUCCACGCAUCAUCAGCGGGUCCUAUCGUCCAAAGCUAACGCUCCUUGCUCUUGGCAGGGUCAUUGUCGAUAGCAGCGCACGCCGUUUCCAAGCACACAAGAUUUAUCUCCGCGCCGCCGCAGCCCGACGAUGGGCUAUAGCCCGCACCAACAUCCAACGUGCCCAACGAACCCCUGCCGAGAAAGCUGCCGCCCUGAAGGGCGCCACUACCGCGCUCCAUCAGGAUCUCAAUGGAAUCACUGAUCACCAUGUUGUUUCGGACCUCCGCGCUGCGGAUAUGCGGGCAGGCCAUUGGCUUGACGACGACCCGUCUCUCGAAGUGAUCCGUCGCUGGAUUGCGGGUCGGUAA